AUGGUCUUGAUAGCCAAUGACAGUAAGUCGGAUGCUCCUAAGGUUAAUUUCCCCACUGCCUUGGACAUCUACAUUUGGAUUUGCUAUACUACACUUUUGAUUUGUAUGGUGGAAUUCACUGUGGUACACUACUUCACCAAGUUCAACACUGGAGAUCCGGAAAUACAAGCCUUGGAAAGAGAGAAGAUGCGGCAGAUUAUAAGAAGAAUCCCUAAGACUGCUGUGAUGAGAGAUAGUGUCGGUUGGCGACUGUACUACUGGAUGAUGAAUAAUGGUCGCCCUACUGAUCCGUUCGGUCUCGCUCAGAAUUCAAUCAGUUCUGUGGAUCGUUUCUCCCGAAUUGCUCUACCGAUCUACUUCGUUGCUGUAGUGAUUGUGUACUAUAACUUUUACGUAAACACCCCUUAUGACUUUACAUUUGAUGACGAAUACAUCGCAAAUCCGAUAAAUCCUAUGUAA